AUGCAGCUCGUUGAUAAUAACACAUUUCUCCAGCAGCUGGGCGCUCUCUUCGAAUCGACUAAAGACAAGGGCACAAUAUGGCUCACUUAUAAGCGAUUAACUCAUGAUGGUGAUGACACCGUGAUGAAAGAAGAAGAUGGGAGCGAUGGGAGCAGAGAAUAUCCUUGUAUCGUUCGUGUCACUGAUGGCAAGAAGGCGAAGUUCUCCACCAAGAUUUUAUCAAUAGACCUCGAUAAAUUCCACUCUGCUUACGGCGCUUUGCUCAAAUCAUCCAUGACCACCCUUCGCAAGCGCGACAAAAAACGUGAAAAGCAACGCGCAGAACAACUCACAAAGAGGAAGCAGCGCAUGGCAGUUCCGGUUGUUAUCGAUGGACCUAAGCGAGGGAACGGUCGACGCAAGAGGCAACGACAAGUCAAGGCAGCCCUUCAGCAUGCGGAGAUGAAGGAGCGCGCAGCCAAGAGAGAAGAGGCACGAACAAAGCAGUGA